AUGAAACAAACUUUUGAUACAGAUAAUCGAAGAGAUCUAGAUUUAUAUAAAUUGUUAAAACAGUGGAGAAUAUCAUUAAGUUUGACAAAAUAAUAUAAAGUAAUUUAUUAAAUGAAUGAAUGAAAUAGAGUACUAUAGAUAAAUUAUAGAGAAGUAUUUUAAGAGUCAUUUUUAAUUUUAUUAAUUUGACUCAAUAAGCAAUAAAUUUUCUAAUAAAAAACUUUGUGUCUUGUAAAUAGAAAAGUGAUUUGUUCAAAUUUUAAUAAGAGAUUAAAUAAAUAAUGAAAGCUAUUUUAGGCUACUUCCUAUUUUAUUUAAAAAAGGAUAAGCUGCAGUUAUAAUUAAUUAAACAUAAGUUAAAGUGA